UCUUGAGGGCGCGAACAUGGAGAAGAGCGUGGCUCUUGGAGUUGGAGUGGAGAAAAAUGUUCACUUAGCAACGCAGGCGCCGCUUGCUCCUGAGACCAUCAAGCGGCCGGUGCGGACUGACUUGGAAACUUCAAUUCCAAAACCCUGGCUCAAUGGGUCUGGGUCAUUACGAUGGAUCCGGUGCCAACAUGGUGAUGGUGUUUGAGCAUACCAUACAUACAGCCAUACAGAUGUGGACGGAAUCAGUGAAUGAUCUUUCAAAUAUUUUGAUAUAUAUGGCUCGAGCUUUGAUUGCACCGGAUAUGGACCACCCUAAUGGAACCCCAGGCCAUAUGCAUAAUGACUUGAGCGUAUUGCAGCAGCAUUGUGCCUUCUUUGAUCAGGAUGGUAAUGGGAUCAUCUAUCCAUGGGAAACAUAUGCAGGACUUCGCCAAAUUGGUUUCAAUAUGGUUGCUUCUCUUAUUAUUGCCCUUGUCAUCAAUGUGGGGUUGAGUAUUCCCACUCAACCUAGUUGGAUUCUUUCUCCAUUUUUCCCAGUAUACCUCUACAAUAUACACAAGGCAAAGCACGGAAGCGACACUGGAAUCUACGAUAACGAAGGAAGGUACAUGCUGGCGAAUUUCGAGAACUUAUUCAGCAAGCAUGCGCAAACAUUUCCAGACAAGCUUACACUGCGGGAGCUGUGGAACAUGACUGAAGCCAAUAGGGAAGCACUAGACCUCUUUGGCUGGGUGGCAAGCAAAAUGGAGUGGGGCAUGCUGUACGUUUUGGCGUGGGAUCAGGACGGAUGCCUAUCAAAGGAGGCAGUCCGACGUUGCUUUGAUGGGAGCUUGUUUGAGUACUGUGCCAAGAUGCAGAGGGAGAGCAAAAACCAUCAACAACAUAUAGAUCUUGUCUCUCAAUAUGAAUAUUAAUUUUACAGUGAGAACGCAGGAGAAAAGAAAUGUGUACCCAAGCUGUCUCUCUAUGAAUAUGAAUAAAUAGCGUUCAAAAUCGUCAGAAAGA